AUGUCCAUUUAUGCAACACCAUGUCGUGUCUUAUAUAGAAGAAUUGGUGGGAUUCUUCCAAGCACUUCUUCCAGUGCACUAUUGUGCUCCCCUAAAGCAGCUAUGGUGAAUAACGGCAGUAAACGUAGUGUUACUGAUGAUCCUUUGUAUGCUAUAUUAUCAGAGUUCAAGACUUUUCCAGUGGUUCAAGGGUUCAAUCAGUUUAUCAAGGACUCUUGUAACUUCGCUCAAAAUCUAGUUGAAAAUGCUAGCUUAAGUGGUACUGCUCUUGACCCAUUAGGUCUUUACAUAUGGUGGAAGCCUUCAUCGUGGUAUCGAGUAAUGUUGGAAUCUCUUCACACAAAUUACGACUUAUCUUGGCUAGCUACUGUAAUAUCUGGUAACGUUUCAAAGUUUUCGGCAGUUUAUUUUAUUUACAAAACUACAUUGUUAAUUCGAAUGGCUACCUUCUAUUUACCUGGGAUGAUUUUAUGGAAAAAAACGAGAAGGAGAAAAAUCGAGCUUUCAUUAUUGUCUCAAAUGCGGAGUGGAUUUGUGUCAUGCGCAUUAUAUUCUUCGAGUUUUGGACUUUUCAUAACACAAUACUGUGGUUUAAAAAAAAUGGCUGAUACAGUUUAUCCUGGCUGGACUGCAGGUGGUUUAUUAUCGUUCACCGAUUUAACCGUACCAGAUCCAGUAGUGUUACCAUUUGUUACUGCAAUUUGUUUUGCUAUCACUAGUAAGAAAUGGAUUGAAACAUUAGAAAUGCAAAAAACUGUUAGUAAAUGGUUGCUCGGAAUAAAACCAGACAACGCCAUAUAUCCUAUUGUUGCAUGUUCAUAUUUUGUAGCAUGCAAUGUUCCUUCGAUUGUGUGUAUCUAUUGGAUAACUUCAAGCAUAGUUAGUAAUGUACAUGCAACAGUGUUAAAAAACCAUUUUGUGCGAUCUUUAUUGCAUAUACGGCCACUAAAUUCUUUUUACGAGGAAUUUCGCCGCAUUGAAUUGCUAACCAUCAUCAAUGAAUUAAAAAUGAAAAGAACUGAAGUCAUGACAGCAACUGUCAAAAAGAGUGACGAGGCUGCAAAAGAGUCGUCUGAAGCACGGCAGUUAAAUAAACUACAUGUACAAGAAACAAAGAAUGCGGACUUUGAAGAUGACUCAUUAUUCCAGAAACCGUGUAUUAAGCAAGUCAACUUGUCGAAUUCAAAAAUUGCAAAACUGAUGGAGGAGCAGAAACAAGAAUCGGCUGCAUCUGCCAGAGUUGGAAAAUCAAAAUUGUUGAUAAAGUCUCAUAAUUCAGCUCUUGACAUUAAUAAAAUUGUGAUAAGUGAGGAUUGA